AUGGCUCCAAAGAAAAACUAUAGCCUUGAGACAGAGUUGGUCUUGUCCAAAUCAGGAGAUCAAUACAAUGCUUCCGUGCCCCCAUUAUACCAAUCGGCCACUUUCAAGCAGCCUUCGCUUUCCAAUAUGGGAGAAUACGACUAUACAAGAUCGGGGAAUCCAACAAGAACCCACUUGCAGAACCACGUUGCUAAAAUCAUGAAGGCUAAACAUGCAUUUGCCGUUUCAUCAGGUAUGGGAUGUCUAGAUGUUAUAACAAGAUUGUUGAAACCGGGGGACGAAGUUAUUGCAGGAGAUGACUUGUAUGGAGGCACCCACCGAUUGUUGACUUAUUUGAACAAAAAGGGCGAUUUAAUUGCUCAUCAUUAUGACACAACCGACACCGAGUUGAUCAAAUCGAAAAUCAACCUCAAGACCAAGAUGAUUUUCUUGGAGUCGCCAACCAAUCCCUUGAUUAAAGUGGUUGAUGUUAAAAGCAUAACCGACUAUGCGCACCUGGUGAACCCCGACUUGGUUGUGGUUUUCGAUAACACGAUGAUGUCUCCAAUUUUCAUGACUCCCUUGGAUUUGGGAGUUGAUAUCCAAUACGAAUCCGCCACCAAGUAUCUCAAUGGCCAUCAUGAUAUCAUGGCUGGCGUAAUAGCUACAAGGUCGACCAAAUUAUCCGAACAGUUGUACUAUGUGAUAAACUCCACUGGCUGCGGUUUAUCGCCAUUUGACUGUUGGUUAUUAGGCAGAGGAUUGAAAACUUUGGCAGUUAGAGUCGAAAGGCAACAGGAAAAUUGCAUCAAGAUUGCUAAAUUUUUGGAAAAUAUUGGAUUCAAAGUCAGGUACCCGGGACUAAAAUCGCAUCCACAGUACGAACUUCACAGUUCCAUGUGCUCGGGGUACGGUGCUGUCCUAUCGUUUGAAACGGGAUCGAUCAAAGUAAGUGAGAAAAUCGUGGAGAACACAGACAUUUUUGGAAUCGCGGUUUCCUUUGGAUGUGUCAACUCGUUGAUUUCUAUGCCUUGCAGAAUGUCGCACGCUUCGAUUGACGCUAAAACGAGAGAAGAACGAGCUUUCCCGGAAGAUCUCAUCAGACUAUGUAUCGGCAUUGAAAACGUCGAUGACUUGAUCGACGACUUGACAAAGGCACUAUUAAAGAGCGGCGUUGUCAAGAUCAAUAACCGUGACGAGUUGUUUCACGCGGUGGAUUUGCAACCAAAAUUAUAG